UGCAAUAAUUAGCCAUAAAGGAAAAAGAGAAUUUGUUUCUCAGAAACUCAAAAAUGAUCAAUUUGAGUGUGUAAUUGUUCAGCCUGUGGUUUCCGUAUCUUUUCCAGUUAAAUUUUAACAAACUAUGCCCAAUAAGCGUAACCGAGAUUGUAGAAAUUACAUACGCAGUAUAUCAGGGAUUUUCCAAGAGACGAUUGUGCAAGGAAUAUGCGGGAAGAAAAGUCAACGACGGGCUAGGGGUUAAUUUGCGCCGAAACUUACUCUCUUCUUCUCCCUCAGAGUAAUAACCUGGUCAGCCGCUGACCUUAGAGAAACACUCUACCUCAAUAACCUCUAAAACGGAGCCCGCGAUAUGGUCCGUGAUACUGGCCAGCGGAUACCUUGCUUUGACAGCUUUCAAUUAACCAUAACAGAUAUACAACAUCAAAGAUGUACCUAUGGCAAUGGUGCUAUUCUCUUAUCUUUCAAGGUAUUGGGCUCCGCAGCGCACGGACAUACGGACGACGGACAGACACGUGACAACCAAAAUUUUUGAGAUCGAUGGGUUACCAAAUUUUCUGAGGUGUGGUGCUCCGCUCGCGCGCCUUCGACGCGCAGGAGCUCCGCUAAAACUUAAGCAAUUUAGUUUAAGUAUCGUACCGUCCGUGAUCCACUUGUUAUGAAAUUUUGACUGGUGGUGUAUUCACUUAUGUUGUCGCCAUGCCAUCAAACGCAGCCGGUACCUGCACUACAAGUCUCUGCUGAAUCUUAUAUGCUAGAGUGAGAUCAGUAACGACAGAAAAUAUGGCGGUAAUAUUUCCUCGAAAUUAGAGUGGAUUCACAAGACUAACAAUGGUGGAAAUUUUCUAUGCGAUCCUCAGCGUUAUACUUGGGGCAGGAAUGGCAGAAAUUCCAGAUGUGUUUUCCUUUCAAGAUCCAAUACAGCUGCGAAUGUGCUCUGAAGGAAAACAGCAGUUUUUAGCACGCACUUCAGUCAACACAACGAAGCGGUUGUCAGAUUUAAGGAGUGCGAUGAGGAAAGUUGGAAUCAAAGCUUACAUCGUACCCUCCAUGGACGCACACCAGAGCGAAGAUGUUGCGCCACAACAUCAAAGGAGGGAAUUCAUUUCUGGAUUUAGCGGAUCGCACGGAACUGCCAUUAUAAGUGGCACGAAGGCUGCUCUGUGGACUGAUGGAAGAUAUUUCCUUCAGGCUAACAUGGAAUUAGACUGUAACUGGAUCUUACAAAGAGAGGGAAUCAAAGGGACCCCAAGUCAGACACAAUGGCUGGUUCAAAACCUUCCUAAAGACUCUAAGGUUGGAGUAGAUCCUUUUCUUAUCUCCAUAUGUGAAUGGGAUCGAAUGUUCAAGGAGCUCAAGAAAUAUAAAAUAGAAUUGAUUCCAGUCAUGAAAAACCUGGUUGAUGUUAUCUGGCCUGUCCGACCAAAGCCCAAAUCCAAGAAGCUGAUAGUGCUUGAUACGUUUUACUCAGGUAAAAGAUGGCAAGAUAAAAUCGUAGCUCUACGCGAAUCCAUGAAAGCGAGAUCUGCAACUGCUGUAGUUCUUCAAAAGCUCGAUGAAAUAGCGUGGCUGUUAAAUCUUCGUGGAUUUGAUAUCAAGUACACGCCUGUGUUCUUCUCUUAUGCAAUAGUUACAGACACCAACGUCACAUUGUUUGUAGAUUUUUGCAAGUUAACGCCAGAAGUGAAAGAUCAUUUGAUUGCCGAUGAGUGUCCCAAUGAAAAGAACCUUUGCGUACUACUAAAGCCAUAUAAAGAUAUAACUGAGGCAGUGAAGAGACUAGCUGGUCAAAAUGGCGUUCAAAUAUUGGUUAGUACAACAUCAAGUCAUGGGAUAAGAAUGAACAUUCCAAAGGAGAAGUUGCUAAUAGACGAGUCUCCAGUUGAUUUGCCAAAAGCAAUCAAAAAUCCGACAGAAGUUCGUGGAAUGAAAAACGCCAAUCUAAAGGACUGCGUCGCUCUAUGUGAAUUCUUCUCUUGGAUUGAAAAAGAGAUUGCACGGAACUCAACUGAGAUUACGGAAUUAACCGCCGAGACCAAGUUGUUAUACUUUAGAUCGCUGCAGGAGAACUUUAUAAGUCCUAGCUUUGCCACAAUUUCUGGCUUUGGACCAAACAGUGCCAUCAUUCAUUACAAAGCAAAUCAAUAUACAGACGCUAGGAUCAACAACAGCAAUAUUUAUUUGUUGGAUUCCGGAGGACAAUACUUAGAUGGGACAACAGACACAACACGCACUGUCCAUUUUGGAGUCCCUACCAAACACCAGAAGGAUUGUUACACGAGAGUUUUAAAGGGACAUAUUGACAUCGCCAGUGCAGUCUUUCCUAAUGAUACAUACGGAAGGACUUUGGACGUUUUUGCACGUGAACCCCUGUGGAAAGUGGGCCUGGAUUACCGACACGGCACGGGACACGGAAUAGGACACUUUUUAAACAUACAUGAGGGACCACAGUGUAUAGCGCCAGGAUUUCCUAUCGAAGACGAGAAAGUUCUGAUGCCUGGUAUGAUUCUAUCAGACGAGCCUGGAUAUUAUGAAGAUCGUAAAUUUGGAAUUCGACUUGAAACAGCUGUCCUUGUAAAAUCUGCCAACACAACGUAUCAUUUCGAUGGACUGGAUUACCUUAAGUUUGAGCCAGUUACAUUUAUACCUUUUCAAAGGAAGCUUAUUGACGUGUCAAUGAUGAGCAAGUCGCAGGUCGACUGGCUAAAUAAAUAUCACAACAGGACAAGAAAAGUCAUCGGAGCAGAGCUCCUAAAGCAACGCAAGAAAAAUGCCUAUCAAUGGCUCAUGAGAGAAACCGAACCAUUACUUUAUUAGAAGCGUUACAAUGCAGCGG